GUCCGGCAAGCGGCGCUGCGCCCUGGUGUGCGCGGAAGCCCGAGAAAAGGAAGGCGCAGGCAGUGGCGGCGCCUGGUCAGCCAUGGCGGGGCAGCGAGGCGGAGAGCCGGCGAAUUACGUCUCUCGCCUCUCGGCCUGGGCGGACGAGCACCUCACCCUCGUCCGGAACAUCAGUACUGGAAUGGCAAUAGCUGGAGUAAUUUUACUUGCAAAGAGUGUAAAAUUGAACUAUCUGAUGAGAUACAUUGCUUUAGAAAAGACAACCAAAUUCACAACUGCUAUGGAAAUACCAGUGGAAUUUAUAGAGAAGAACGUUAAGUUGCGGGGACGGUUGCACCGGAUAAGUGAACGAGGAUUGGAAAUUGAACACGUUCCCAUUACCCUUCCAAUCAUUUCAUCUUUGCAGAGAAGAUGGAAUUCAGACGGUUUAUUGCUGAUCAGACUUGCUGGUGUGGAGCUAACACCAGAUGGCACGGUCUGGUUGAAAGAAGAGGUAAAACCCCCACAGAUGAUGUGGUUCCAACUUCUGGGAAGGAAGGACUUAGUGCUUGAUUGCCUUGUGGUAGUAAGUAAGGGUAGAUUUUCCAGCAUCUGCCUGAAUGAAGAAAUCCUGAGACGAGGGCUUGGCAAGACAGUCCGUAUUGACGGACUAGCUCACGAAUCCCGGAUAUACUGGAAACUCCACAAGAGGCUACUUCGGGCUGAAUUGAAAGCCGUGAGGAAAAAUAAAGGAAUCUGGAGAGAAGAAACGUUAAUUGAGAAGCUGAAAGAGCGUAUAAGAAACAACAGAUACAUGCAGAAGUUAAAACAAUUUGCAACCUGGCUAAGCAUCCGCCUCUAAAAAUCGAUGGGUUUGUCGAGGAGGAAGAACGCACACACACACACACCAGAUGGAGAAGGAUGCAACGCUGUAUUUUCCUCCUGUCAGAAUAUCACAACUAAUGCCUGGCCUUCUGUUGGUGGCUUCUGCCUUAGGGGAAGAAAACGAAAACAUCAGAGAACAUGUUUCUGGAGGAGAUAGAUGCACAUAGCGUAUUCAGAUAUUAGUUUAGUUCAGAUGUAAGUUAUCCAAAAGUAUAAAAACAGAGACCCAAAUCUAGGCCACGUAACAUUCCAGCAAGGGAAUAAAACUGAAAGCAAUGCUCCAUAGAAGGAAAUACUGGAAUUGGUAACUGGGGCAUGUCUCAUCCAUGCAUGUGGCUACUGUCAGUCCUUCCCUAAUCGUGAGCACCUGAAUUAGGCAGCAGGUAGAGUGGAGAAGCCCUUUCCCCCCUGUGAGGUUGUGAGUGGAACAUAGGCUCAGUUGCCAUGAAUGGGGGACACCUUUCUGAAUCAGCUAGUGCUGAUUUCUUCUGCUGCAUCAGCCUGUGGUGAGGUGGUAAUGUACUGAACAGUAACUUGAAUUCCUAAAUGCUCUUUUGGGGGUAAAUUUAGUUCACGGCAUCAGCAUGAACAUAACACCUUUGCUGUAAACUGAUGCAAUUUGACAUUGGUGCUGUUUGUCCGCCAUCAACUGAAAACGUGGGCAUUUGCCACUAUUGGGCUCCAUAGUCUCUGUUCCCAGGGAUAUUACAAGUGUAUGGUAUCAUACAUUGUACCAUGCACGGGCUUUAAAAACCGGAAUCGGCAGUUCUUGCUUUUUGUCGUCCCUGGGAAUAUACCAGGACUGUUCUAGAAGAAGUUGCUUUCGCUUGACUCUGGUUGUAUUCUGAGGUUUGGUUCUAAUGCAACUGAUGAGUGGGGUCCUGCACCAUGUUCUGUGCUGUCUACGUGAGUUGUGAUUUGUAAGGUCCUCAGUUAACUGCUCACGAGUGACCAGCCGAACUCCGUAGCUUCCUUUUAAUGGUUUCAUUGUGCAAAACUAUUUACAGUGCAGAGCUAACAAAUCACGU